UGGUGGCUCCCUGAGCGGCGGACGGACGCGGCUCACUGGUGUGCAGGUGUUUUGCAUACGGCUGCUCCUCUGUCUCGUCUUUGCCGUGUGCCGACGCUACCUGAAGCCAUGGCCGACCAGGUGUCCACCAUGUGUGAGCAGCUCGUCAAAGCUGUGAAUGUGAUCAUGGAUGCAGAAACGAGCCAAAUUUACCGACUGGAGGCCCUGAAGUUUUGUGAAGAGUUUAAAGAGACAAGCUCCCUUUGUGUCCCAUGUGGCUUGAAAUUGGCUGACAAAGGCCACUCAGCUGUAGUCCGACACUUUGGGUUACAAGUCCUGGAACAUGUCAUCAAAUUCAGAUGGAACAACAUGCAGCAGCAAGAGAAGGUCCAGCUGAAGGAGUGUGCCAUGCAGCUGUUGUCAAAUGGUACUCAUUCUAUCCUGGAGGAGGAGAGCCACAUCAAAGACGUCCUGUCUCGAAUCACAGUGGAGAUGAUAAAGCGAGAAUGGCCUCAGCACUGGCCUGACAUGUUGAAAGAGAUGGAGGCUCUCACCAGCCAAGGGGAGUCCCAGACGGAGCUGGUUAUGUUGAUCCUGUUGCGACUGGCAGAGGAUGUGAUCACCUUCCAGACACUGCCCACUCAGCGACGCAGGGACAUCCAGCAGACACUCACACAAAACAUGGACAGUGUCUUCAGCUUCAUGAUGGCUAUUCUGCAUGUCAACGUGGAGAACUACCGGAAAAUGAAAGGGUCAUCGGGACAGGAACUGCAGGCCAGAGCUCACUGUCGUGUUGCCGUGGCUGCGCUCAACACACUUGCAGGCUACAUCGACUGGGUGUCCCUUGUGCACAUCACUAACAACAACUGUCAGCUGCUGGAGAUGUUGUGUCUGCUGCUGAGCGAACCAGAGCUGCAGCUGGAGGCAGCAGAGUGUCUGCUCAUCGCCAUCAGCCGGAAGGGGAAACUGGAGGAUAGAAAGCCAUUCAUGCUACUUUUUGACGAUGUGGCUAUCCACUACAUCCUUUCUGCAGCCCAGUCAGCAGACGGACUGGCAAUUUGUAAGAAGUCCUCUGACUCACAAGCGGUAGAAGUGGUGGAACGACGGUACAACUUCCUGAAGCGGCUAUGUCAGGUCCUGUGUGCUCUGGGAAGCCAACUCUGUUCAUUAGUAGGUUCAGAUGUAGAAGUUGAAGUACCCACAAAUCUCAGCAAAUACAUGGAAGCCCUUUUAGCCUUCACUACACAUUCCAGUCAGUUUUUAAAAUCAUCUACUCUGGCUACCUGGGGAGCUUUGUUUAGACACGAGACCUUAUCCAAGGACUCAGUUGUUGUGGAGAAGGCCGUCCAAUACCUCCGAGCAUGUAUGACUAACUUGGUCAAGAUUGGGUUUCCAUCCAGAAACAAUAACCCUAGUUGUAUGUACUCCUGUGUGGACUUCGACAGCGAUGAAGACUUCAACUCAUUUUUUAAUGCUUUCCGAGCACAGCAGGGGGAGGUGCUGAGGAUUGCAUGUCGCAUUGUUCCUCUGGAGGCUUUCCAGAUAGCAGCAGAGUGGUUACAAUAUCAGAUCGCCAGUCCCAUUGAUACUGGUGACACCACAUCUAAAACUGCUGAGGGUCUGUGCUCCAUCCUGUCCCCGUCGGUGGUCCAGUGGGAUGCCAUGACCAUCUUCAUGGAGUGUAUGGUUGGACAGAUCUUUAAAAGCCUGGAGGAGGAGAAGCUGCCCAUUGACCAGAGCAUGGAGCUGCUACAGGCUGUGCUCAACUAUGAAACCAAAGACCCGCUCAUCCUGUCCUGUGUCCUCACCAACGUCUCUGCACUCUUCCCGUUUGUGAUCCACAGAACACACUUCCUCCCCCAGGUCCUUUACAAGCUGUUUCAGGCGAUAACAUUUGAGAUCGAAACUGGCCAAGACAUUAAGGCUCCUCGGACCAGAGCGGUAAAGAACGUGAGGAGACACGCCUGCUCUUCCAUCAUUAAGAUUUGCCGGGAUUACCCAGAAUUCAUUUUGCCAUGUUUCGACAUGUUUUACAACCACGUGAAGAAGCUGUUCUCAUCCAAUGCCACGCUGACCCACCUGGAGAAGAGCUCGCUGAUGGAGGCUCUCGUGCUCAUCAGUAACCAGUUCAAAGACUUUGCAAAGCAGAAGGCAUUUCUAGACGAGCUCUUGGCCUCAGUGGUCGCAGAAUGGACGUCAGAUGAGAUGAAGAAUGUGCUGUGGGAUCCUGCUGUGUUCCUGUCCUUUGUAGGGGCUGAUCAAGUUGUUCUUGAGCAAAGUAAAGAGACAGACACUGCAAGCCUUAACAGAGCACGGUUGAGUUUCCAUUUGUAUGCCAUGUUGGGUGUGGUGAAGAGGGCACGUUGGCCUGCUGACCUGGAGGAAGCUAAAGCAGGAGGCUUUGUGGUGGGCUACACCUCAGCUGGAGCUCCUAUCUACAGAAACCCCUGUACAGCUCAGUUCCUGGCCUCACUGCCCAACCUGCUGGCUCUGAUCAGGACUCAAAACCGCCUGUUCAUGCCAGAGAACAUGUCACGUCUGAGCGAAACCUUCUCCCGUGCACACGAGAUGACAGAUAUGGAGAAAAACAUGGUUCUUGGUCUUACUCAGCCUCUUUUGGACAUUCAUGAUACUCCUGUGUAUAAAACCAACCUGGAGCGCAUGCAGGGAUUCUUCACCACAUUAUAUGACAACUGCUUCCACGUCCUGGGAAAUGCAGGUGUGUGUCUACAGCGGGACUUUUACACCAUUGAUGGGUUGGCUGAAGAAAUCACUGGCUCUGCUUUCGUCUCCCUGGACCAUGUGCCUGACCACAGACUUCGUCCUAUGAUUCGGGUGUUUGUGAAGCAGCUGGUUCAGUCGUGUCCUCAGGAGUACUAUGACAGUCUGCUCUGCCCUCUGCUGGGCCCACUGUUCACCUACAUGAUGCAGAGACUCAACGUCAAGUGGCAGGUCAUUAACCAGAGGAGUUCUAUAAAUGAUGAGGAGGAGGUGUGUCAGGACAGCCAGGUCACACAGGAGAUGUUGGAGGAGCAGCUGGUGCGUCUGCUUGCAAGGGACGUGCUGGAUCUUCUCACUGUGAGCUGUAUUUCAAGAAAAGUGCCUGAACCAGCAGCAAAUAAGGAAGAACUUGACGAGGAGGAUAUGAUGAUGGAUUCGGUGCAGGCAGUGUCUCCUGCUCAGCCCACCGAGGAGCUGACAGAGCUGGGAAAGUGUCUAAUGAAACAUGAGAACAUCUACAUGACCCUGUUGACCCUGUCCUUCACAUCGGUGUCGUGGAAGGACACAACAAACUGUCACCGCACAGCCUCCGUCGUCUGCUGGACACUCCUGCGACAGGUGGUCAGUGGUAACCUCCUUCCUGAGGCGGUCACAUGGUUCUUCACCAGUGUGCUGAGAGGCCUUCAGAUGCACGGCCAGCACGAAGUCUGCAACUUCGCACUCAGUCAGCUGGCCAUGCUUAUCUACGAAAACCUGCGGCCUCGCUACACGGAGCUGAGAGCAGUGAUGAUUCAGAUCCCGAACAUCAACACUGAGGCUCUGGACCAGUUCGAUCACAGGCUCAUGGACCCCAGUGCCCAGAAAGUUGGAGAGAAGAAAAGGAAAGACCAGUUCAGGAAGCUCAUCGCAGGAACUGUUGGGAAAGCUCUGUGCCAGCAGUUCAGGAAGGAGGUUCAUAUCCGGAAUCUUCCAUCCCUCUUUAAAAAGCCAAAGCCAGAUAAAGACAUACUGAACAGCGAAACACUUGGGCUGGCAGCUCUCUUCGCUUCAACAAAUGACGGCCUGUAGGAACACAUAGUGACUCCAAUGGACAUCUUACAGGCUGAUGAAGGAGUUAUGAACGCGAGGGUCUCCCUCUCACCCCCCUCUCCAGCUGUGUGGUGUUACACAACAUAUAUGUCAACACUUAUGUUUUUUAUCGUCAUCCUUAAUUUUACUCCUACAUGUGCAACCAAAAAGUAAUUACUACCAUGUACUUACUGUAUGUCAUGUUAUUUCCUUUUCUAGUGUAUCUGUGUACAUCUAUUCAAGGAGGUACUAAUAUAUGGCUAUAGAUGAUAGAGUAAACCCUUUAUGUUGGCUGGUUUCUGGCAGACUGUGUCACAAAGUAUCUUAAAAUCCUAAAGUGAUCAUUAAGAGUAUUCAUGUGAUACCUCAGAAUAUUCCCACUGUAGAUUAUAAAAUGAUGGAAUCACAGUCAAAGUCCUGCUGCUGCUUUUAAGAUGCUCAGCAGAGGCAUUUAAUAAUAUCCAGACAAGCAAGACCAGUGCAGUUUAGACUCUUUGAAGGAAGCUUACAGAGAUGUGUGUGGACACUCAUUCUGCUCAAAAAUCUUUAUUUAAUACACGUGUUGGCAAAUAUGUUAAAUCAAGACCACGCAACUUCUGUCAGAGUUUUUUUUUUUUUAAAAAAAAAGGAAAAAUAAUAUCCAGGAUGAAUUUCAUGGUGCACAUACUUCUGAAUUUGCUGAAACCUUUGACUGAAUGAUUAUAAAAAUGUCCAAGCGGUACCUCAGGACGAAGUGCUCUACAGACGGGGGAAAAGACACUCAACACUUUACAUGGAAGAAGACAAAGCAACUGGAUUGUGUUUUUCUUUGUUACAGAUAUCAUAGUAGUUGUACAGCAGAAAUGUUUGCAUUUUACCAGAUUUCUUUAUAUCGGCACAACUUACAGCCUAAGUAUUGUUUUGAAUCGCUUAUUUAAUGCAGAGUACAUAUCAUACUACAAAUACCACAGCCUCAUUUUGUGCCAAAACACAACCUAGAGAUAAUGGACAAACAUGAAAAGAUAGUCAUGAGUCUGAAGAGAAGAAACUAAUAGCAUAUCACUUUAAUAAUAAAAAAAUGGGACUUUACUAAUAACAUGUAGCUGAUACCAAGUUUUUCUGUAUUUGAAGUGCUCAGAUGGUGACGAUGGGUAAUUCCACGUUGGGAGGACGAACCAGCACUACAUUCCUCACUGUUAAAGGCAUAGUCCUGUUUUUGGUUUUUAUUUGUUGGAUGUAUUUUGCUCUUAUGGAGCUGUCAUGGUAAAGUGAUCAUUUGUUGUGUAGAUUCAGUCCCAAAAUAAAGUGGGAGUGACUUUCUAUAUUUAGACUUGUAGCGAGUCCCUUACCUUCCGUGCAUGCAGAUGAGUCUGCAUAUCGCACAUGGUUUUACCAGAAACAGGCUCACGUCAUGUUCAAUUUCACACAAAUAGAGCUGUUUAUGAAAUCUGGUUUUGCAUUGAAGUGUCCUCUGUGUCCUUGUGAUGAUUGUUCAUAUAUGGCUGUUUUGAUUUUUUUUUUUAUGCUUGUUCAACACUAAAAUGAACUGUACAAAAGAGAAACUAGGCUUUUUCAAAGUGUAGUGCCAUUUAUAUUUUGUUGUUUUUAAAUAAAACAUCUUCAAAUGGUG